AUGCUAGACAACCGGAGAAUAUUUCGGCUAGUGGUAUCUUAUACCCUAGACUGGAUUGUCGUGAUUACUUUAGCAGCUGGCGGAGGAGUUUUGAACUAUAUCAGCGGCUACCAUCGACCAUUCUCCCUGACCGACACCUCACUUGCAUAUCCUGAAAAGAACAAUAUUGUGUCUCUCACCGUUGUCGGAAUUGUGGCUUUCGCAGUUCCCGCUGUCGCCAUUGCCGUAUUCUGCCUGGCAUUGCCUGCUCGCCCUGUCCCCGGCGCAGCCUCUAGACCAGCGGCCUGGAGAAGAAAACUUUGGGACAUGAAUGCUGGCUUGCUCGGCCUUGCUUUCAGUCUUGCCUUGACUCUAUUUGUCACCUCGGGCCUUAAGGACAUCAUUGGCAAGCCGCGCCCGGAUCUUCUAGCACGCUGCGAUCCAGACGUCAGCAAUAUUGACAAUUGGAUCGUUGGUGGGUUUGGGACCAGCCUUGACUCCGAGGCGUCAGCCUUGGUAGUAUCAGGCAUCUGCCGACAACCAAAUCAACGACUUCUCGACGAUGGCUUUGCUGCCUUUCCAUCCGGCCACUCAUCCUUUUCUUGGGCAGGCCUUCUUUAUUUUACACUCUGGUUGUGUCUAAAACUCUCGAUCACCAUUCCGCAUCUCGGAAAUACAAGGCCGGUGAGCAAGAAAAUGUCAGGUGGCGCUGCUGAAGGGCACCCGGCUCUCGAGACACAAGCAGCGCCUCCACUCUGGUUGGUCCUAAUCGCGCUCUUCCCAUGUGGCGUGGCUUUGUUUAUCUGCUCCAGCAGAUACGCCGACUUCCACCACGCAGGUUUCGACAUUAUUGCCGGAUCAGCCAUUGGCAUCUUUUUCGCCUGGGGAUGCUUUCGCACCUAUCACCCCCCUGUUCGGCAGGGUGUCGGGGCGAGUUGGGGCCCUCGGCAACACGACCAGGCAUUCUUUGCGAGGACAGCCUCCGAAAACAGCCAGUCGAAAAUCCUACCAUCUCUAACACCAUGGCGAGUCGCUCAGGACGAAGAGGCGGGCCAGUCGCAACUCAGUCCCCAACGGGUAGAUAUUGGUCAUUCUGCAGAGGAAAUGACCACGCCUGUCGGUCAUAGGUACCCUGGGAGACAAGUCUUAGUGUAG